AUGAAAUUAUAUUUAUAUUUUCUGGUGCUGUUCGUUGGUUUUACUACUGGAUUUAUUCCAAAGAUACUUUACAAUCUUGCAUCUUGGUCUUCUGUUAAUCACAGAAUUAUCACGCGAGCAGGGUUAUGGUGUAGCGUUCUUGAAUUUCUUAAGACAAAUCCAAAGUACGUGAGUCCAAAGAGAGCUAAUGAACUCGCGUCUGUUGACAGAGAAAUAUUGCUUGAAGGCCAGGUAUCUGGCCGGCUCUUUCGUUUGGUAAAGUCUUCAAACUUCAAGCGUGCUGUUAAAGAAAUUGAGUACGCAAAUGCUGAUGUAGACUCUAUAUUUAAGGAAAAGACAAAAGCUGCCGCUCAUUUCGACGCUGAACAAUUUCGUGAAAGUUCAUCACGUCUUCUUCGCUUAAAGAAACAAGUUAUUUCUUUGAUUAAAGACGCUGAUGUUAACGAAGCAGACUGCACGAAAGCCAGAAAGGAGUCUGGUAGAUUGCUUCAUACCCUGCAAGACUUUUACAGUCAUUCAAAUUGGAUUGAAUUAGGAAACAAUCAGCCAUUAUCGAUAUUGGGAGAUAAAAUUAUAGGAGUAAAAGAUAUAGCGGGACCUAAAGAAAAAACGUGCAAGCGCUGUACGCCCUGGACCCUAUGGUCACGUGUUGACGAUUGUCAGGAUAAUCUGUUAACGAGGAAACUAACAAGUGGUUACCAUGGAGGUCAAGAUGUGAAAAAACCUGCAGGUAUUGGCAAAUGUAGUCAUGGUGGUGUAUUGGACAAGUCAAGGAAGUCAGAUUCUACAGGAGGCAUUAAUAAGGAUUCUUCUUCUCGUUAUUUAUCGCCACAUUAUGG